UGAAUUGUUCGGCUCCGUCUAGGCCUUCCUUGCGAGGGAACCCGGGCUAAGCGACAAAAGUUGCGUCCGCGUUGUCGGAGCUGAACCCUCGGCCCGGUGAUGGAAGAGAGGCGGGCUGCCGUCUUCUCCCGUCUCGCCGAGCGUCACAAAUCCCGGACGGAGCAGUCCAUCUCCCGUCGGUCCGACGCCGACGCCGCCCCUUCCUUCGAGAAUCCUCAGACCUUCCUAAGCCGUUUCUCCGACGCCGAGCGGUCCAUCAGGUCCAAGCUCGAUGAUUUCAGAUCGGUCCCGAGCCCCCCAGACGAAGUCGAUAGGUUGAAGCCUCUACUUGAGGGAAUCGCCGUCGCCAUCGGAGACCUAGAGAAACUGGUGGCUGAGAAUUCUUACUUCCUCCCUUCUUAUGACGUUCGAUCAACUCAGAAGACGAUCGCGGAGCUGAAGGAGCGGCUGGAGAGCACCAAGGCCGAGCUUUUGCCCAGAAAAAAGUUUUCUUUUGGUAGUAAGCUGGGGAAGACAGAGAAGAAGGCCGUCAUGGCAGGUGUUGGCGAUACGAUUUCAAGCGAUGCAUCGGGUUCUCCUGCCUCGGCUGACGCCAACCAAGUGGAGGGCUUGGGUUUUGCAGCGAGAGAAACCCCGGGUUUCAGAAACGUAGAGGGGAAUGUGUUGGUGAAGGAUCUUGGUGAUUCCAGGGAUGGAGAUUUCGCGAUUUCUGAUCUUAAGGAUUCUGAAGUUUACCUUAAGGGCUGUUCCAGGGCGGUUUUUGUACAUCGAUUGCGUGAUUGCCGUGUUUUUAUUGGUCCCGUUAUGGGAUCGGUCCUGAUUGAAGAUGUUGAGGAUUGUCUUUUCGUGGUGGCUGCUCAUCAAAUUCGAAUUCAUGAAGCGAAAAGAACGGAUUUUUGUGUUCGUGUUCGAAGUAAGCCUAUAAUUGAGUUUUGUAGCGGAGUUCGGUUUGCGCCUUAUGCUUUCUUGUACAGUGGCAUUGAGAAUGACCUGAAAGAGGCUGGUCUUGGUGAAGAAACAGAGAAUUGGAAAAAUGUGGAGGACUUCAGGUGGUUGAGAGCCACGCCAUCACCAAAUUGGUGUGUAGUUCCGGAAGAGGAUCGCAUAGACACAGUGGCUUUUCCUGACUCAGGGUCCUCGUAGUUGGUACUUGAUAGCAAAAGAGGCAAGUCGAGUUGCAAGGUGUGUAGGUGUUCCGGGGAUUCUCCUGCUUUUUCACUUCAAAUUUCAGUAAAAUAUGUGCAACGUGAGGGAUUUUCGUGUUUUUUGCUUCGAUUUUUAGUAACAACAUUGGCUUUUAAGGGAUUCUCACUCUCCUUUUUGUCUUCAAUUUUUGGUAGGAUUAGUAGACUUUGGUCCAGCUUGAAGAAUGUUUCUCAAUUCUUGUCAUCUGUAUGUUUGGAUAUUUGGUAUCGACUUAUUCAGUCAUUUGUUACUUUCUCUGCAAUGUAGCGUCUGACUUCUUAUUCUUAAUUAUCGUUUCAACAGUGGCGCAGAGUCAGUCUGAUCAUA